AUGGUGGAAGCAGAUGGAAAAAUUUAUUAUGGUGCGCUUACAGAUAUUUACGAGUUGGAUUACUAUGGAAGGUUUAAGUUUGAUGACCCUCAGCAGUCUCAGCAGCCUAAUGCACCGCAAUAUGAGCCUGUUGCUAAUGACCGAGAUGAUGAGCCUGUUAUAGACAACCCAGGUCGAGUGAAGGCAAGACAGGGACCGACACGAGCUAGGGACAUAUGGCAGCUCGAUGAGGGUGAGAUCAUGACAUGCAACAAAUGAGGACAGCCCAUUAAGAGGUGGAAUGAUAUGCUUCCUUCAUAUAAAGUUGAGCUAUUACAGCUUGUAGAGACUAAAUUUGUGAUCCCUCCAGAGAGCCAUGAUUGGAUAAUCAAGUCCCUGAAUCAUAAAUGGAAAGAGUACAAGGCCAAGUUAAAGAGGAAUUAUAAGGAGGGUAUGACAGAGGAGGAGGUUGCUCGUACUUGUCCUCCUGAUGUGUAUCCUCAUCAAUGGAUUGAGCUUGUACACUACUGGUUUUCAGAGAGAGGACAGACAUUCUCUAAUAUUGGCAGAGCUGCACGAUCAUCUCAGUUCGUGCCUCACACAUCAGGUUCUAAGAGUUGUGCGAGGCUCAAAGCAGAAUUUGUAUGUUUCACUUUUCUAAAUCACAAAUUCUGGUUGAUUUUUUUAACCUUUAUCGGCCUUUAUAUGGUUCGAUUCUUUGUAGAUUUCGAUUUUUUGUUCAUUCAAUAUUUGUAAAUACUAGUUAAUGAAUGUGUGUAAUGGUCCAGAUAUGGAAAGAUUAAUUAGUUUCUCUGUUUUUG